AUGAGGAGAGACAACAUCCUAACCUUUGCUGUGCUGUGUGUCUUCCAUGCCUGGACUCUGGGUGUGGACUCCAAGAUGGUUCAUCUCCGUCAGCCUGGUCUCAAUUCCAGCACACCCUUAGACAUGGUCCCUAACUGUGUUGACGACAUGUAUAACGGCUGCACUGAACAAAUGUACAACAAGGUGCAGGAGGAAUAUCUGGAACAUGAAAACAGCAAUGUAAGGAUCUUCAAACAAGCCUGGAUGAAGGCAGAAGGAUGUGCAAAUAAUGUGGAGAAACGAUUCAAAAAGGACAAGUCCAAUUCUAAAGACGGACUUACACAUGAUCAUAUCAAGGCUAUCUGUGCUUACUCAGGAGGUGAAACUCAGAUAUACCCAGUGUUCAACCAAGCAGUCCGGACCAACAGAUCAGAGUAUACAACCUCCUUCCAGUUCCACUCCCUGCAUUUCCUGCUGACUGACGCCAUUCGCCUCCUGAAAGAAAACCAACAGGGCUGUCACACCACAUACCGGAGAACCAACAUGGAGUUUGGCGGUAAAGUUAACCAACUAAUAAGAUUCGGCUUCUUUGCCUCGAGCUCUUUCCUAAAGAACUUGACACAUUUUGGAGAGAAGUCCUGCUUUGAGAUAAAGACAUGUGCAGGAGCUUAUCUCAAGUCCUACCCAGAGAUGGAAGAAAAGGAGAAGGAGGUGUUGAUUCCACCUUUUGAGAUGUUCAAAAUUACCAAAAAGGAAAAAAGCCAGAAUGUUCUUAACUGUAAAUCUCUCUUCAAACUGGAGAGUGUAGGGUUCCAGAGCAAUCUGAAUUGUAAAGCUGUAUAG